AUGGCCACCACCACCCAGACCGUGACCGCUACUCCUGCAUCUACCCGAGUCUUCAGUUCUUUCAAAUUGGUUGACUCAGAGUCCAACAUCGACUGGCUCAACGAUCUCGAGACUCAAGGUUACGCCGUCAUCAAGGGCGCGGUUCCCGCAGAUCGCGCGGCGUACUACCAGAAAAAGGCCAUCGAGUGGCUUCAGACCUUUGACCCUCAGUUGGACCCGGAAGAUCCUUCGACAUGGAAACAGGAGAAGCUCCCUCUGCAGACGAAUCGAAACACCUACGAACACUAUUCGGUCGUACAUGAAAAGUUUAUGUGGGAGGCUCGCCAGGAGCCUGGUGUCCUUGACGCCUUUCAAAAGAUCUGGGGCACCGACGAGUUGCUCGUCUCCUUCGACUCACUCAACGUCACCCUCCCUAACCUCAAGAAAGCCCGUGCCCCCUGGCCACACGUCGACCAGGCUCCCCGCAAACGAGGCUUACACUGCAUUCAAGGCAUCAUUAAUCUGAGCCAUGCCGGUCCCGAAGAUGGCUCCCUCGUGGUUGUCUCCGGCUCGUCGAAACUGACCGAAGAGUUUUUCGAGACGCAGACAGACCCUGCCACUUGGGAGUGGAGGGACAAUCGUUAUUUCGAUGACAAGGACAUGGAGUGGUUCUUCGCUCGAGGAUGCAAGAUUACCAAGGUUCUGGCCGAACCUGGCGAUUUGAUCCUCUGGGAUUCGCGCACCAUUCACUGGGGCGGGGAGCCCACGGAGAAGAGCAACACAGUCCGUACUGUCAUCUAUGCGGCCUACGCGCCAGCCAAGCUGGCAUCCAAGGAGGCUCUCGCAGAAAAGGCAAAGAUUUUUGAUGCGUGGGGUGCCACCACCCACUGGCCUCACGACAACAUCAAGCUCCGCGAGCUGCAGGCAUCAUACCCUGAUGGCACCCCAGAUCCUCGACACCGCUCAGAGCCGCUCGAGAAACCGCAGGUCACCGAUAAACUGCUUAAGAUGGCUGGUUGCAAGCCGUACUGA